AUGCCGUCUGUCAUUGGAAAAGCCGGCCCCCCCGCGGAUCUCCGCCGUUUUAUGGAGAAGCGUCUCGACGUACACCUGAGUGGUGGCCGCCGCGUUGUUGGUGUUAUGCGGGGCUAUGAUACGUUCAUGAAUGUCGUUCUAGACAACGCCCUGGAGCUGAGGGGCCGUCCCGGAUCCAAGCAAGUCGAGAGGAAUGAACUCGGGAUGGUUGUUAUUAGGGGGAAUUCUAUUUUAGACUGGGAGUGCCUGGACAAGGUCCGCCCAUGA